CCAGGAAACAGCUCUCACAGUGGUCAGCCAGAUGCCUGUGGGAAGCCUGAAAGCAGUUCCUGAGCAGAGCAGCACUCUUCACAUUUGUGUUUUCCAGUAACAGAGUGCCUGCUCUGCAGUUUGAAUUUUGAGCCCUAUGAGUGUGUUCCCUUCUUCUGAACAAUCAGUGUUAAAUUUUCUUGAGGAAAAGAUUCCACUUGUGCAGAUUUCAAGAUCUACUUGCGGAGCUCCCUUACAAAUCCCUAUGCUUUGCCAUCAGCUAUCAUUACAGAGCUGACGACAGAUGGUGAUCUGGUUGCUAUAAAAUGCAUCUUUGCUCAGCGUUGAAGAACUUCUUUUCUAUACAUCAGCUGCCACUCCUUAUCUCUGGGGGAAAUGAACUUCUCACUAUGUGUGCCAGCCAGGAUUUUGAAUGCAACCUUCUCCCGCUAUAGAGAAGUGGCCUCAAAUGCCUCCUUCACUUUGGAUAAAACUUCAUUCCAAAACCUGCAAGAAUUGAUCAUCUAUCCUCCGUACUCCAAGACAAUGAUGUUCCUGAUCCCACCGAUAUUGUGCCUUACAGCAGCCGUCCUGAUCAACCCUUUCAUUCUGUUUGUGAUUCUUUCCCGUGUCAACAUCCGUCAGGAGACAAGAUACCUGCUGUUGGGAAAUGCUUUGCUCUGUGAUUUGUUAUAUCUGAUACUCUAUGCUAUGUCUGCAGUUUUCAAUGUAAUGAAACUCCACCUUCCCAAGAACCCUUGUGUGCUCCUGUUGUUUCUGCUGGCCAUGACUUACUGCGGAGGAUUGCUAACGGCUGCCGCCAUGGUGCUGGAUACAUACGUGGCCAUUUUGUGGCCUUUGCAUUACAUCUCCAUUUUGCCAUCUUCACGAGCAAAGAAGCUGAUACUGUUCCUAUGGAUCUUGUCUGGGGUUUUCCCUGGGAUUGUCUUCUUAAUACUCAAGUUUACCCAGAAACCCAGUGUAUGCCCAGUGGAAAACUGCUCUGUCCCCAUAAUACUGGUAAUGACUCUACAUGGAGAUGGGGCCGUGAAAUCCUGCUAUGUAGUCUCCGUUUCUGCCCUUUUUCUCUGUCUGUCCCUCAUACUCUGCUGUUAUAUGAUCCUGUAUUUCAAAACAAAGCAGUCAGGCAUAUGGAAAAGCAAGUUCUCUAGAGCCAGUGUGACGUUCCUGAUGCAUCACAUUGUCUUGUUCUUUCAUUUCUCUCCCCUCUUGGCUAUUGUGGUGGACUCCUUGCUUUAUGUCAAUGCCGUCAUUGGGACACAGACAGGGAUAUUGGUCUCUCUGAUAAUAUGCAAUGUGCUGAUAAUCUUGCCCAAAGCUCUGUUGCCUUAUCUGUGUGGGCUUCGAUACAGGGAGAUAGCCUCAUCCCUCAAGUUCUUCUUCAGACGGAAGCGCAUGACUGCCGUGUCUCCAGUCUCAACCACUUGAGCAGAAACAUACGAAAGACUUGUCGUGGUUUGGAGCUGUACUUGACCUCUUCUAUCAAGUUGGAAGGAUUGCCAGCCCCCUAAAAUUCAUUCAUUUAUUGUCUGCUGGCUGAGUUAUUAGCCAUUUAUUUUUCCAAGGUCAGCAUACUGUGAAUGGAAAAAUAGUAGUAUCAUGCUGAUAUUUUGAUAUAUAAUGAUAACAAUGUUGUGUUGGAUUAGAUGUCAUGGUGCAGCAGUAAAUCAGAAGGAAGAAUUUAACCAAAAAAAAGAAUUUUCACCUGUAGAGAAAACUGGAAAACCAAAGAACAUGGGGAACAACACAUUAAGGGCAAGUGUAACAAUUGUUACUAUUCUGAUUUCAAAGUCAUCAGAUGUGCCUGGUUUUCAAAUGAAUGGGUUUUUUUUUUUAAUUGUGCAUUUAUGAUGAUUUGUGCUAAUGGUGGUUUGGGGGCAGUCAUAAAAUUUCCACUUUCAAUACUGUUCAUGCCUGUACAAGUUUUGGGGUGGCCAUAUGGCUUGAUUUCCUAUCAUUGCAUAUCCUCUAAUUUCUUUCUGAAAUCCUUUAACUUUUCAUACCACAAACAAUUUGGGGGUGGGUCCUAUUUUAUUUUAUUUUAGCUACAGUGCAAGAAUGUCCCUCCAGACAGCAAUAGAGUGGUAGCAAUGGGAAGGCAUCACAGAACAAGUAAUUACAGUAAGUCCCGUGAUGUGUGGACAGUCCAGUAUAAAUCCACCAUUAAAGCACUAUCGCUGAGUUGAGAACAUGUCGCAGAAUACACCCAUAAAAAAACAGCAGCCUAGAAGUGCCUUGGAUUCAGCAUGCAUAUUCCUAUGAUCAGAUUGGUGAUUGUCUACAUUCCUAAUUACAUCUCUGAAACAACAAAUAUCUCCCUACCUUCCAAUAGCGUAUUAACUUUGUAUAUACAGUUCAAUCCUAUGCACUGUCCCCUUGAUUACUGUUGCAUCUAUUUGUCUUUUCGUCUGUUGCUGGACAUAUGAAAUGUAGCUAUAAAGGCAGACGAAACGUAUGGAAUUUCUGAGUUACUGGAAAUGUAUGGAAAUUGUGAGCUACUAUAGGGGAUGUGUCAACAGAGAAUCUGUUUACAAUUUUCCAUAGUUACAUGUCUCUGUGUGGUUGUU